UGCUCGGUGCGCGCCGCCGCCCCUCCGGCCCAGCUCGCCGGCCCGCCCUCCCUACCCCCUUGGCCCGCUCUCGUCGCCCCCACCCCUUCUCCUCUCCUUGGCCUGGCAGCCCGGUGCGGGGUGUGGUGCGACCAUCGCGGCCUGGCGAUUGGGGCACGGUGGUCGUGGCGCUUUAGGGUGGCGCGCCAGGCGCGGGGCGCGAGGCCAGACCUGGCACAGCAGGGUGUAGGGGGGCGGGCAGCGGCGGAGCCCUCAGAGGAGAGCAGGGCAGGGGGGUACCGAGGCAAGUGAGACACUGGAUCUGAGGGAGCACCAUGGCAGUGUUUCUGGAGGCCAAGAAUGCCCAUUCUGUCCUGAAACGGUUCCCUCGUGCCAAUGAGUUCUUGGAGGAGCUGCGCCAAGGUACCAUCGAGCGGGAGUGCAUGGAGGAGAUCUGCAGCUACGAAGAGGUCAAGGAGGUGUUUGAGGACAAAGAGAAAACGAUGGAGUUCUGGAAGGGGUACCCAAAUGCAGUCUACUCAGUCCGAGACCCUGCGCAGAGCUCGGAUGCCAUGUAUGUGGUGGUGCCUCUUCUGGGGGUGGCGUUGCUGAUUGUCAUUGCCUUGUUCAUCAUCUGGAGGUGCCAGCUGCAGAAAGCCACCCGUCAUCACCCCUCAUAUGCUCAGAACCGGUACCUAGCCAGUCGCGCCGGGCACAGCCUGCCCCGGGUCAUGGUGUACCGGGGCACUGUGCACAGCCAGGGGGAGUCUUCUGGGCACCGGGAGGCUGGGAGCAACCCACAGGUGGUGCUGGGGCCCAGUCGGGGGGCCAGAACCACGGUCCGCCUCGAGAGCACCCUCUACCUUCCGGAGCUCUCUCUGUCCAGACUGUCCAGUGCCACCCCUCCCCCAUCAUACGAGGAGGUGACUGCGCCCCAGGAGAGCAGCAGUGAGGAGGCCAGUGUCUCUUACAGUGACCCGCCCCCAAAGUAUGAGGAGAUAGUGGCUGCCAACCCUGGCUCAGACAAGUAAUGGGACUCGUGUCCUGUCUGCUGUGAAUGCCUCUUUUAGGGGUCUCCUGUUUUCUUUUUAACUUUUUAAAGACUGUGCCACCACAAAACAGCCUUAGCCUCCUUGUUGCCAAAUAAUUUCCUAACCAUGGAUUUGUAGGAAGACAGUUGUCAGAGACAGGUGGAGGGGGUAGGGAACACGCAUGCCCCUGGGGAGAGCCAUAGGCUAGAGAGCCCAGCUUUUCCAGAAGCCACCACGCCCACCAUCCUGUCAUCCUGUCAGGGACUGGCUUCUCUUAAUGCCAAAGGAAUCCCCCCAUGAGUUGACUGUGGCCAGAAUGUCCAUAGACUCAGGCCCCGGGGCCACUCAGCCAGCUGGACACCUGUCUGUGUCUGGAAACCUAGGCCACAGAGAUGAGGGAGACAGGCCCGCCCUCAGCACCCUUCCUUUCCCCUCAACAGUCUUGUGCUUUCUGUCCCUGGCUCACCUUUGGAGAACAGGGUCAAGGACUGAACAAAAAACAAAAAGAGUAAUAACAAACAAAUAAAUAACAAACACAAUGAAACAAAACACUUUUACCUGGGCCACUUAUAAGGGACCAAAGGAAAUCAGUCGCACAGAUCUGAGACACUCGCCUCCCCCAACACCCAGCCCACCCUCCUGACCAGGUUAAAAGCAACAUCUAGAAAAACCUGGAAGGGGGACAGGGUGUGUGAAAGAUGAGGAAUGGGGGCCUGGCUGGCAGAGCUGCCACCUUCAGAUCGAGCGAGGGGCCCACAUGAACUUUGCCACCCUGAAAGGGAGCUCUGGUUCUACUGUGCUUGGCCUCCCCCAGGCCUUGGCUCUCCAGACACAGGGACUGGCUGUGCUAAAAGUGCUACUGAUUGGCAUGAGCCCAAUCACAGCCCCGGGAAAACCGAUAUGGCUGACCCUGCCUGUGGAGCCCAUAGCCUCUGAAUGGUUGGGGUACAGGCUGGGGCGGAGAGCUGAAGUUUUCUCCUGGUGAGCUUGAUCAGCCCAUGGCAUGAUUAAACCCAUGAACUUGGCCCCCUCAUCACUGUGCUCUCUGGCGUUGAACUUUUAAGAUACUUCCCUCUUCAUGAGUAGGUGCGUUGGGUUGAAGUUGAACUUCAGAUGGCUGAUUUCCCCUUAAUGAUAGUGUCCACCUGGGGAGAAAACCCUAAAGUGUCCGUUUUUUGAAAUUUCUUUGCGAGGGAGAUGGGGAAGCCCAUGACCUGGGGUAGAAGGUCCAUCCAGGAUUUACCCUGUCAUUGCCAGGUGCUGGUCUAUUUUUAGUAACCCCUUUCUGUGGCCCAGGAGCUGUCCAUCUUUCCAUUUCAGUGAUGCUUCAGACAGCAGUGGGGCAGAGAUGACCUGUCCUUUGGCUGUCAGAGACCACACAAAAAGACACUGUUGACACCGCCUCCCCCACCCUUCCUUCUCCAUCCUCUUGGCCUUGGUGCCAAACCAUUUUUCCUCUGUGGUGCUUUAAAAAAAUGUAGCAACAUUUUGUGGAGCCCAAAAGAGUGCACAGCCAGGGUCUCUUGGCAACCACAGCAGUUCAAAACCCACUGAAAAGACAAGCUUCUUUCUGUCUAAACAGCUCUCUAAGCCAGGUAUUGCGCCUUGUUGUUUGAAUGCAGCCCUGCCUUCAAGGCCACAGAUGACUUCUGGAGGCCCCUCCAGUCCCGAGAGCUUGCCCUGAGACUUGCUUCAAGUCAGGAGGCUUGUGUUCUCAUCCAGGGAAGCCACUGGCUUGGACAGCUCGACCCUGUGGCUGGGGUUUUCCAUCUUUCCCCCUACCUCACAGGCCUAUUUAGAGGCUUACUGAGCUAAUGCCUGUGCAGUGAGGUUUGCCCUUAGGAAGAUUCUAGAAAUGUGUAGGUUAUUGGGGACCAGUCUUCGUGGAGGCUUCAUAUGACUGUGAUGUGGAGUUUCAAUCUGGGGAGUCAGUCUCCUGCCAGUUGACCCUUUCUGUCCAGUCCCCCCUCCCCUGAGAGUUCCCUGACGCUAGAGGUGCUGACCAGGUGGCAUUCCACCUUUCCUUCCUCUUUUCAUCCCUCUGGGCCUGUAGCACUGCACUCCUACCCUUCUCCUUGAAGGCAUUUGUGGCCUAGGAAGCCCCUGCUUUUUUCAUGAUGGAAGCUGCGGUCAAUACAAUUUGGCCAUGUUGGAGGACCUGGGGCAGCCUGAAGCUCUGGGGCCAGCCCCUGCUCUCCCAGCAUUUCUUUGGGCAGGUGCCUGUGUGGGACCUGGGAGAAGACACCCCUAUGUGUCUCCUCCGCACUGAGCAGAGAGCCAGGCAUGAACCCCACCAACCAGAGCUGAGGAAUGCCUGCUGCCUUUGGCAUCUGUCAGUCCCUUCCCGGCACAGCUGCCAGGUAGUUUGCAGCUGGGUGGAGACCAGAGAGAGCUGGCUGGAAGCAGGGACCUGGCCCGGGGGAGGGUGGCAAGUGUCCUUCAGGCACUGAGCACAGGCCUGCAGGGAGUGCUCACUCAGAGGUCUUCCUUAAUGCUCUGUGUUCUCUAGUUCAGGUGCUUUGCAGCAAUCUUCUGGGUGGGGUUGCCACCGUGGUCUCUGGGACGUUUUUUGCAGUAUAUUGUAGAAAAAGACUGUGCAGUCUAUAAUGGUCAUUACUCCUCGCGGUGCACAUUUGGCUUUUAUGAAUGCCCUGUACAUAUCUUUCAAACUCUGUCUUUGUAUGGACGUUGAUUUGAUACAAUGCUAACGCUGCAGUAAGUAACAUUUUUGUUGUUUUUGGAUGUGUGUCUGUGUGUGUGUGUGUGCGCGCGCGUGUGUGUGUGCGUAUACAUGUGUGCAUGUUGCCUUUUCUCACAUGCUUAUCUGAAACAAUAGCUGGUGUGUGGCUAUAUUUGUAUCAAGAGGGUUCCGGUCUGACGGGAGGAAUGUCCCCUCCCAGUCCGGAGCAGCCUGAUGACAAGGCCCUGAGCCAGGAAAGCCGAGAUACGCUGUUGGAGUCCCCCCAAAGUUGCCACCUUCUGCCUCCCUUUCACAAAGCACUUUGAAAGCAGCUCCAUCCUGUGGGCCUCUGCCCGCUGGGACCCCCACUCACACACCCAUUUAGCGCCGUGCCCUUGGCCUUGGCCCCUGUUCUGUGGGCGUCAGCAGCUGAAGGAAAUCUGAAGCACUACCGAGCCUUUUUAUUUUUAUUUUUGGUGGAAAGAUGUGUGACUAUUGACUUUGGAAAUGGCAGGGCUAGUUAUUUAGCUAGUUUUCAUUUUUUAAAAAAGAAAAGGCUUUAAAACAUUUCUUGAACUGUGACUGUCAUACUUGUUUUCAACCAAAAACUUUUUAAGAAUUUUUAAAACAAGAAUCACAAUCUUGUUCCCCCACCCAGUGCUCCCCACCAUCCGGGGUUUUCAAAACUAAAGCACAAGAGAAAGAGUGGAGCACAUAGGCGCCUAGCAUGCCUGGCACCAGCGUUGCGCCCUGGGUGACCGAAACGGAAAUGUGACACCGAGCAGUCUGACCAGAGGCGAGGGCCUCCUCUUCUACUUGCCAAUCCCACUGCCAUUAGUGUGAAUUCCUUAGGGUGCUGCUUUCGAAAACAGGAAUCUGCCCGAUUUAUUGGACGUUGUCUUUUUUGUAGUCUGAAUACGAGGAAUUCAGGACGGCAAAGUGUCUGUUCAGGACUAGGAGCCAGAUGGUCCCUCUCUGGCUGGGAUUUGAUCUUUGAACAACCAAAUGGCAUCUCACGAGAAGAAGAAGAAAACAACACUGCCUCUCGAUUGUUCUUUUGUCCGAGAGAGAGAGAUCAUCGAGAAAGACACUCUGACUCACCUGCACUCUGUCUUUCUAGGAGUGUGCGUGUGUGCUAUGUCUUAUGUGUGUGCCCUCACGUUCAAGGGCGAGAUGGAGAGCUACGCAGCAGAGCUGCGGGUGUAGGGUGCUUUUCAGCUUGACAAGUAAUGAAGCUCCAUUUCAGGAUUGCGCUGAUUCAGAAACAAGCACAUCCUCCCCACUGAAGUCUCCUCGUACUAAUUAGUGUAAUUAACUAAUUCAAAAGUACUGUAAUCAGACUGCCUGCAACCAUGGCAAAAGCCCAUUAUCUUGAAGCCGACUAAUUCAGAACUUAGAGAAAAUCACAACUUAAUUCAUGGUAUCUGCGAUUCUUGUUCCAUAGAAAUAUUUAAAAUAAUCUUCCCUUUAGUCAAUUUUCAGGGUCAUAUGUGUAAGAGGGAUCUAGUAUAAAAUGAGUACCUUUUUCAAACAAAAAGCUCCAGAUCUUAAGGAUCCCUGCACUGUGCCUUCAGCUUUGGGGGGGGGGGGUGUUCAGCAAUUCUCACAUGUGAGGCUCUUUGUGUACUGGACCAUCUCGUUCUGUCUCCAUCGUGGGGAUGUUAAGUAUUGCAGCUUUGCAUUCUACUCCUUUACCCUAGGAAUUACAUAGUUUGUGAACUAGGCUGCAACUUAAAGUAAUAUAACUGUAUCUUGCUAAAUAUUCUGUAAAGCAAAUGUUUCGCUGUCAGACUGGCGCUCCUAUCAUUCACCCCCAAAUAUUCAAAAGUAGGGAGCCUCUCAUUUUACAGGCUGUGGGCGGUGAGUCUCUCUCUAGCAAGAAUUUCUCUGACAAAGAUAUGCAAACAGCACACCCCCUCAGGCUCAAUGCCUCAACAGUUGUCCCAUUGUACUGAGGUAUCUGCUCCUUGAACAGUGCCUGCCCUUCUCCCACCCCCAGCCAGAGUAUUAACGCAGAUAUUCAAGAUUGGGAUGAAUCCCACAGCUGCUUUUGCCUCCAAAUCUGUCUUCCCUUAUGGAUGCCACUUUCCCAGGCCUGAACACACCUGCUAUUUCACUCUGUGAUCGUGAAUUCGUGACAGUGGAAACUCUAUGUGCAACUGAGCUUAUAGACAAGAUUACUGUGAAAUGGAUUAAUUUUGGUACCACUUUGAACUGCUCAUACUCAUGUGUUGACCCAUGUCAGCUGGGAAAUUUGUGCAUUCAGUGAUACGUCAGGAUUUCAUUGCAGCCUGGGGGCAACAAACAAACUUGCUUCUGAUCUCUCAGUCUCUCUCUCUCUCUCUCUCUCUCUCUCUCUCUCUCUCUCUCUCUCUCUCUCUCUCUCUCUCUCUCUCUCUCUCUCUUGCGCUCUCUCUCUCUCUGUAAUUGUUGAGUUUAGUUGUUAAAUUUCGUCUCUUUCUGUACACGACAAUGAAUAAUAAUAAAGAAAUGGCAUUCA